AUGGUAUGGUGCACCAUGCAGCAUGGCAUGGAGCACCAUGCAGAAUGGCAUGGUGCACCAUGCAGCAUGGCAUGGCGCACCAUGCAGCAUGGCAUGGUGCACCAUGCAGCAUGGCAUGGAGCACCAUGCAGAAUGGCAUGGUGCACCAUGCAGCAUGGCAUGGCGCACCAUGCAGCAUGGCAUGGUGCACCAUGCAGCAUGGCAUGGUGCACCAUGCAGCAUGGCAUGGUGCACCAUGCAGCAUGGCAUGGUGCACAAUGCAGCAUGGCAUGGUGCACAAUGCAGCAUGGCUUGGAGCACCAUGCGCAUGGUAUGUCACCAUGCAGCAUGGCAUGGUGCACCAUGCAGCAUGGCAUGGUGCACAAUGCAGCAUGGCAUGGUGCACAAUGCAGCAUGGCAUGGAGCACCAUGCAGCAUGGUAUGGUGCACCAUGCAGCAUGGCAUGGUGCACCAUGCAGCAUGGUAUGGUGCACCAUGCAGCAUGGCAUGGUGCACAAUGCAGCAUGGCUUGGAGCACCAUGCAGCAUGGCAUGGUGCACAAUGCAGCAUGGCUUGGAGCACCAUGCAGCAUGGCAUGGUGCACAAUGCAGCAUGGCAUGGAGCACCAUGCAGCAUGGUAUGGAGCAUCGUCUUCGUUACAGAAGCUUCACUGGUUCUUCUUGUGUCUCUCAGGUGUUCAUGACGUCUACUUUAAUGACAAACAUGGUUGGUCCUUGCUUCAGCAUCAUAUUCUCACCAUUCCUGCUUGGUCUGGGCACAUCCUCUGCUACCGUGGGUUGGUUGAUCAGUAUCUUGCAGCUAGUGUGGAAUGCUACUGGGUUUGUUAUUGGUCCUCUGGUGGAGGUGUUCGGCUGGAGGAAAGUGGCCUUAGUGUCUGCCAUCACCGCCUCUUGCUCUCUCAUCAUUUCCACCUUCGCUACCUCUGUCAUAUAUCUCCUAUUUUCCUUCUCUAUCUUUGGAGGUGAGGCUGGGUGUGGCGUCCUGACGAACCUCUGUUUCUUCAUUAUUCCUCACUACUUUACACGCAGGAGAGGUCUGGCAAAUGCUUGCUUGAUGGCUGGUAUCUAUGUGGGACAGAUGUUAGGACCAAUUAUUAUAGGUUAUCUACAGCAAGAGUUUGGUUCUACAUGUGCUACAUUCCUUCUGGGCGCUGUGGUACUUCACGGCUGCGUAGGCGCAUGCCUCUUCCACCCUUUCCAGUCCCAGAGAAAGAAUGACGCAUCAGUGAAAGGCGAGGAUUCCAUAGCAGCUUCUGGAGCUACAAGUACGGAAAAUGAAAGUAGAUGUAAAUUACUCCGGAACAUUGCAGCUAAUCUGUUGAUCCUGAAGUCACCACGAGCCAUCAUUAUCGUUGUGGGAGGAGCUCUCGUAAUGAACUCACUCUUUAAUUUCCUGGUCUUCAUGCCCUUCGCUGUGCAGGCGGCGGGUCACUCCAACCAGGCAGCAGGAUUGUGCAUGACAGCAUCAGCUAGCUGUGCUUUGCUGACUUGUAUUAUAGUAUCCACGCUGACAGACUGGCCCAGGUUCAGCAUGAGGUGCUGCUACAUGAUCAGCCUCUCCGUUAUUACUGCAGGGAUUAUAGCUUUCAGUGUGGUGGAGGACAUAAGAUGGAAGACUGUGAUCAUGGGAGUGUGGGGGAGCGGUGGUGGAGGCUUCUUGGGCAUAUACAACCUCAUCGUUGUCCACUACAUGGGAUUCCACUAUAUGACUGCCACAAUGGGAACCAUGCUACUACUAACCGGCGUCGCCUUUGUCAUUAUUGGACCUUCCAUCGGAAUGAUCCGAGACGUGAGUGGCAGCUACGCCGUCAGUAUGUGGGCGCUGGCAGGGCUGCCCACUAUCACCUUCAUUCUCUGGAUCUUCAUGCCGGCUGCCGUCCGCUAUGACCGCUCGAAAUCCAAUAAUAUGUAAUACA